AUUCACAUUUCGCCAUAUACAUAAACCCCACGCCCUCCCUCUGUAACCAGAAAUCCGGUCUUUUUGCCAUUCCCCAAAUCCUCCUUUUGCCUACUUUCUCGCUCUCGAACAACGCCGUGAAGCAUGUCGACCUCGUCGGAGUUCGCCGGCAAGGUUCCAGCAAAGCUGCCGGAGAAGCCCAGCUUCUCCCAGACCUGCAGCCUCCUCAGCCAGUACCUGAAGGAGAACAAGGCCGCCCUCAACGACCUCAACCUCACCGGUAAGCCGGAGAUGCUCCGACAGACCAUGGCUCCGAUGAACUUCUUCCCCAUUCCUGAGAAUCCGAACACGGACUCGGCCCCGAAAAACCCGCCAGCUGGGAGCCUGAAAUCGAUGGACCUCUUCCCCCAGUCUGCUGAUUCAAGCACGAAGAUGCUUGAUGCUGCCGAGGAGCCCAAGACUGCCCAGAUGACAAUAUUCUACGCGGGGCAGGUGAUUGUGUUCAAUGAUUUCCCGGCCGACAAGGCCAAGGAAGUCAUGCUCUUAGCCACCAAGGGGAGCAACUCCCAAGUGUUCACUCCUCAGCCCGCCUUCGUCGCUCCCAGAAUCCCGAAGAAUCAGAUCGAAUCUAAAGCCAGAGUCCCUCCAAGUCCUAUCAUGAGCAGCAACCCCAUCCAAGAUCUCCUUCAACAGACCGCUGAGCCGAUGGCCUCUGAUCUCCCCAUCGCAAGGAGGAAGUCGCUCCACCGUUUCUUGGAGAAGAGAAAGGAUCGGAUUACAUCAAAGUCACCAUACCAAGUAGUCGACACGUCAGCAGCUUCCAGCCCAGACAAGAACAAGGCAUGGCUCAGCUUAGCAGCUUCGCAGUAGCUUUUUAAGCCGUGUAGUACUAAUAAUUAUCAAUUUUCCUUUUUCUAAACAUAGAUUAUCAAUUAAUUAAUUAUUAAGCCCUCUUUUUCAGUGGGUUUAGUUACCCAUUGUUGCUGCUUUUCCUUUUUGGCUUUUGCUUUUAUUAAGCAAGGUUUAGAUCUAACUCUAUCUGAUCUCAUCAUUAUUGCGAUGUAAUUACGCUAAUAUUAAUUACAAUUAGCUAAGACUCUGAUUAAGUUAAUGUAAAUAUUGCAAGUUAUUCCUUCAA